AGUGUACCGACAAUGGCCCAAGAGGAUAAGAGAGGUAAGUAGCCCCCAGGGUUGCCGGAUCAUUUUUGUAAAAUAAUCAUUCCCAAGUUGGAUAUAAGAGACUUAUGAGAAAAGCAAAAUGCUCAUUAUGGUGACCAUGGUGGAUUAUUUGGAUUAUGUUUCCCAAAGCAAUGAGGAUAAGAGAUCUACUAGCCCCCACAAAAAUUAUGAACAGAAGGCAGAUCCAGAUGGGAUUUGCAAAUGUUCUAGAAUUAGUGGUAUUUUUCCCAAGGAUUAGUGCCUCGGACGGAUCUGUAAAUAUGUAUAUACUGAUUUCAAUUGGAUUAAGUAACCUAACAAUCCAAAGAUUAGGCCAGUCUUUGUACUAGCAGAUCUCCAUGGCUCUUUCCAUGCUUGCUUCAAUUCCUAAUCUGAUCACGCACACAAGACUUCCAAUCAUAACAAAAUCCAGCAGCUGUAAGGCUUCUCCUAGAGGAAUCAAGGUCAAAAUUGGCAACAGCAAUUGUGAGGAAAUCACUGUUAGGCGAACUGCAAACUACCAGCCUACCAUUUGGGACUAUGAUUAUGUGCGGUCACUUAGAAGUGAUUAUGUGGGAGAAACAUACACCAGAAGACUUGAUAAGCUAAAGAGAGAUGUGAAGCCAAUGCUUGGGAAAGUGAAGAAGCCUUUGGAUCAGCUGGAGCUAAUCGAUGUCUUGCAAAGGCUUGGAAUAUAUUAUCACUUCAAGGAUGAAAUAAAGAGAAUAUUGAACAGCAUAUACAACCAGUACAAUCGGCAUGAAGAGUGGCAGAAAGAUGAUUUAUACACAACAGCUCUUGAAUUUAGACUGUUAAGGCAGCAUGGCUAUGAUGUGCCUCAAGACGUUUUUAGUAGAUUCAAGGACGAAACAGGGAGCUUUAAGGCAUGCCUGUGUGAAGAUAUCAAGGGACUGCUCUGUUUGUAUGAAGCUUCAUACCUAUGUGUACAAGGAGAAAGUACCUUGGAGCAGGCCAGAGACUUCGCACACAGACAUCUUGGAAAGGGCCUUGAGCAAAACAUAGAUCAAAAUCUUGCCAUUGAGGUGAACCAUGCCUUAGAGCUUCCAUUGCAUUGGAGAAUGCCAAGGUUAGAGGCAAGGUGGUUCAUAGACGUAUACGAGAAAAGACAGGACAUGAAUCCUAUCUUGCUGGAGUUUGCUAAAUUGGACUUCAAUAUGGUACAAGCCACACACCAGGAGGAUCUAAGACACAUGUCUAGCUGGUGGAGGAGUACACGCCUGGGAGAAAAGUUGAAAUUUGCUAGGGACAGGCUGAUGGAGAAUUUCCUAUGGACUGUGGGAGAGAUAUUUGAGCCUCAGUAUGGAUAUUAUAGGAGGAUGUCCACGAAGGUUAACACGCUCAUAACUAUAAUUGAUGAUGUUUACGACGUUUAUGGUACAUUGGAUGAACUUGAGCUUUUUACAGAUGCUGUUGACAGGUGGGAUAUCAAUGCAAUGGAUCCACUUCCAGAUUAUAUGAAGUUGUGCUUCCUUGCCCUCUACAACUCCACUAAUGAAAUGGCCUAUGAUGCUCUUAAGGAACAUGGUUUACACAUCAUUUUCUAUCUUAGAAAAGCGUGGGCAGACUUAUGUAAAUCUUACUUACUGGAGGCAAAGUGGUACUAUAGUGGAUAUACACCAAGCCUACAAGAAUACAUUAGCAAUUCAUGGAUUUCAAUAUCAGGUCCUGUAAUACUAGUCCAUGCCUAUUUUCUUGUCGCAAAUCCAAUCACCAAGGAGGCCUUGCAG